UCGGCAGGCCAGCGAGCGGACGGCUGCGGGCGGCGCCGAGCGAGGGAACGAGGCAGCGGCGCGGGCCGGGCCAUGGGGCGACGGGCGGCGGGCGCGCUGUUGCUGGCGCUGCUGUUGCUGCAUGGGCGGCUGCUCGCGGUGACCCUUGGGCUGAGAGCGUACGAUGGCUUGUCUCUGCCGGAGGACACGGAGACCGGCACAAUGGGCCGGGCUGGCUGGAGCUAUUCAUACCUUUCCGACGAUGAGGACUUGCUGGCUGAUGAUGCCUCAGGAGAUGGCCUGGGCAGUGGGGAUCUGGGCAGCGGGGACUUCCAGAUGGUUUAUUUCCGGGCCCUGGUAAAUUUCACUCACUCCAUUGAGUACAGCCCUCGGCUGGAGGAUGCGGGCUCCACGGAGUUCCGAGAGGUGUCUGAGGCUGUGGUAGACACGCUGGAGUCAGAGUACUUGAAGAUUCCUGGAGACCAAGUUGUCAGCGUGGUGUUCAUCAAGGAGCUGGACGGCUGGGUAUUUGUGGAGCUGGAUGUGGGCUCGGAAGGGAAUGCGGACGGAGCUCAGAUUCAGGAGGUGCUGCACACGGUCAUCUCCAGUGGCUCCAUUGCCUCCUACAUCACCUCUCCCCAGGGAUUCCAGUUCCGACGCCUGGGCACAGCACAGACCCCCCCGCCCCCCCUGGCCGCUGUGGCGGUCGCAGUGACACCAGUGCCCCAGUUCCCGAGGGUCUGCACCGAGGCUGAAUUUGCCUGCCACAGCCAUAAUGAGUGUGUGGCCCUGGAGUACCGCUGUGACCGGCGGCCCGACUGCAGGGACAUGUCUGAUGAGCUCAAUUGUGAGGAGCCGAUCCCGGAGGUCAGCUAUGUACCACCCAUUCCAGUGGUGACAACACCUUUACCGCCCCGGCCAGAGGCAACCACCACACGACAGCCACUAAGUCUGUUCCCCAGUCUGGGCAGGCCUGUGCCCUGUGGGCCCCACGAGGCCACGUGUCACAGCGGGCACUGCAUCCCCAAGGACUACGUCUGUGACGGGCAGGAGGACUGCAGGGACGGCAGUGACGAGCUGGACUGCGGUCCCACCCCGCCCUGUGAGCCCAACGAAUUCCCCUGCGAAAAUGGGCACUGUGCCCUCAAGCUGUGGCGCUGUGACGGCGACUUCGACUGUGAGGACCGCACUGAUGAGGCCAACUGCCCUGCCAAGCGCCCUGAGGAGGUGUGCGGGCCCACGCAGUUCCGCUGUGUCUCCACGAACACGUGCAUCCCGGCCAGUUUCCACUGUGAUGAGGAGAGCGACUGUCCUGACCGCAGCGACGAGUUUGGCUGCAUGCCCCCACAGGUGGUGACCCCACCCCAGGAGUCGCUCCAGGCUUCCCGGGGCCAGACGGUGACCUUCACCUGUGUAGCCAUCGGUGUCCCCACCCCCAUCAUCAACUGGAGGCUCAACUGGGGCCACAUCCCCUCUCAUCCUAGGGUGACAAUGACCAGCGAGGGGGGCCGUGGCACGCUGACCAUUCGUGACGUGAAGGAGGCAGACCAGGGUGCCUACACCUGUGAGGCCAUGAAUGCGCGUGGCAUGGUGUUUGGCAUUCCUGAUGGCGUCCUGGAGCUCAUCCCUCAGCGAGCAGGUCCCUGCCCUGAUGGGCACUUCUACCUGGAGCACAGCGCCUCCUGUCUGCCCUGCUUCUGCUUCGGUGUCACCAGCGUGUGCCAGAGCAGCCACCGCUUCUGGGACCAGAUCCGCUUGCGCUUCGACCAGCCCAAUGACUUCAAGGGUGUGAACGUGACGAUGCCUGCACAGCCCGGCAUGCCACCCCUCUCCUCCACCCAGCUGCAGAUUGACACUGCCCUGCAGGAGUUCCAGCUGGUCGACCUGUCCCGCCGCUUUCUCGUCCAUGAGUCUUUCUGGGCUCUGCCCGAGCAGUUCUUGGGCAACAAGGUGGACUCCUAUGGUGGCUCCCUGCGCUACAAGGUGCGCUAUGAGCUGGCACGUGGCACGUUGGAGCCAGUGCAGCGGUCAGAUGUGGUCCUCGUGGGUGCUGGAUAUCGCCUACUCUCCCGAGGCCACACGCCAACCCAGCCCGGUACUGUGAACCAGCGCCAGGUCCAGUUCUCUGAGGAGCACUGGGUCCACGAGUCAGGCCAGCCGGUGCAGCGGGCAGAGAUGCUUCAGGUGCUGCAGAACCUGGAGGCCAUGCUCAUCCAGACGGUGUACAACACCAAGAUGGCCAGUGUGGGGCUGAGCGACAUCGCCAUGGAUACCACUGUCACCCACACCACGAGCCAUGGCCGUGCCCACAGCGUGGAGGAGUGCAGAUGCCCCAUUGGCUAUUCUGGCUUGUCCUGUGAGAGUUGUGAUGCCCACUUCACCCGGGUGCCUGGUGGACCCUACCUGGGGACCUGCUCUGGCUGCAGUUGCAAUGGCCAUGCCAGCUCGUGUGACCCUGUGUAUGGCCACUGCCUGAAUUGCCAGCACAACACGGAGGGGCCGCAGUGCAACAAGUGCAAGGCUGGCUUCUUUGGGGAUGCCACAAAGGCAACGGCCACUGCAUGCCGGCCCUGCCCCUGCCCGUACAUCGAUGCCUCCCGCAGAUUCUCAGACACUUGCUUCCUGGACACGGAUGGCCAAGCCACGUGUGAUGCAUGUGCCCCAGGCUACACAGGCCGCCGCUGUGAGAGCUGUGCCCCCGGAUAUGAGGGCAACCCCAUCCAGCCAGGUGGAAAGUGCAGGCCCACCAACCAGGAGAUCGUGCGCUGUGAUGAGCGAGGCAGCACAGGCACCUCUGGGGAGGUCUGCCACUGUAAGCUCCCAGCUCUGUGCCUGCAGAACAACGUGGUGGGACGCCUGUGCAAUGAGUGUGCUGAUGGCUCUUUCCACCUGAGUACCCAGAACCCCGACGGCUGCCUCAGGUGCUUCUGCAUGGGUGUCAGCCGCCAGUGUACCAGCUCCUCCUGGCGCCGCGCCCAGGUGCACGGGACCUCUGAGGAGCCCGACCAGUUCAGCCUGACCAACGCCGCAGGCACCCACACCACCAGUGCGGGCAUCUCAUCGCCCAUACCCGGGGAACUGGCUUUUUCCUCCUUCCAUAGCCUCCUGUCUGGACCCUACUUCUGGAGCCUCCCUGUGCGCUUCCGCGGGGACAAGGUGACCUCUUAUGGAGGAGAGCUGCGCUUCACAGUGACCCAGCGGCCCCAGCCUGGCUCCACGCCCCUGCACGGGCAGCCCCUGGUGGUACUGCAGGGCAACGGCAUCGUCCUGGAGCACCACACCUCCCAGGAGCCCAGCCCCGGCCAGCCCAGCAGCUUCAGCGUGCCCUUCCGGGAGCAAGCAUGGCAGCGUCCUGACGGGCAGCCGGCCACAAGAGAGCACCUGCUAAUGGCACUGGCGGGCAUCGAUACCCUCCUGAUCCGGGCAUCCUACACCCAGCAGCAAGCUGAGAGCAGGGUCUCUGGCAUCAGCAUGGAUGUGGCUGUGCCUGAAGACACCGGCCAAGACCCUGCGCUAGAAGUGGAGAAGUGUACCUGCCCGCCCGGGUACCGUGGCCCAUCCUGCCAGGACUGUGACACAGGCUACACACGUAUGCCCAGUGGCCUCUACCUGGGCACCUGCGAACGCUGCAGCUGCCAUGGCCACACCGAGGUCUGCGAGCCUGAAACAGGUGUCUGCCAGGGCUGCCAGCACCACACUGAGGGCCCUCAGUGUGAGCAGUGCCAGCCAGGAUACUAUGGGGACGCCCAGCAGGGGACGCCGCAGGACUGCCAGCCGUGCCCGUGCUAUGGAGCCCCUGCUGCAGGCCAGGCUGCCCACACUUGCUUUCUGGACACAGACGGCCACCCCACCUGUGACACCUGCUCCCCCAGCCACAGUGGGCGUCACUGUGAGAGGUGCGCCCCGGGUUACCAUGGCAACCCCAGCCAGGGCCAGCCAUGCCGAAGAGAUGGCCAGGUGCCAGAGCCGGUAGGCUGCGGCUGCGACACCCAGGGCAGCAUCAGCAGCCAGUGUGACUCUGCUGGCCAGUGUCAGUGCAAGGCCCAGGUGGAAGGCCUCACCUGCAGCCGCUGCCGGCCCCACCACUUCCACCUGAGCAGCAGCAACCCUGACGGCUGCCUGCCCUGCUUCUGCAUGGGCGUCACCCAGCAGUGCACCAGCUCUUCCUACACCCGCCACCUGAUCUCCACCCGAUUUGCCCCUGGAGACUUCCAGGGCUUUGCCCUGGUGAACCCACAGCGGAACAGCCGCCUGACAGGAGGCUUCACCGUGGAGCCUGUGCUUGAGGGUGCCCAACUCUCUUUUGGCAACUUCGCUCACCUCGGCCAGGAGUCCUUCUACUGGCAGCUGCCGGAGACAUACCAGGGAGACAAGAGGGAGGCAUAUUUUGCGCGGCUGCGCCGGGCCCACCAGGUGGACGAGGCCCAGAGACGGGUGGAUGCUGAGAUCUGGCAGCUCCUUUCUAGCUUUGCUGCCCACCCCCAACCCCCUCCCCGGGGGCUCCCCCGCCAUCCCCAGCCUGAAGCUGCUCUGCAAGCAGCUCACUCUUCCUCCUCCUCCGCCUCCACCUCUCCAUCUCUGUCCUCCCCAGCAGGCUCUCAGUUCUCUCUCUCCUACGAAGCCUUCUCUCUGCUUCCUGAAAGCCUCUAUUAUUGGCAGAUGCCCCAAGCCUUCCUGGGGGACAAGGUGGCAGCUUAUGGUGGGAAGCUGCGCUACACCCUCUCCUACACAGCGGGGCCACAGGGCAGCCCGCUCUCUGACCCUGACAUCCAGAUCACGGGCAACAACAUCAUGCUGGUGGCCUCUCAGCCAGCGCUGCAGGGCCCCGAGAGGAAGACCUACGAGAUCAUUUUCCGAGAGGAAUUCUGGCGCCGGCCCGACGGGCAGCCGGCCACCCGUGAGCACCUCCUGAUGGCACUGGCUGACCUGGAUGAGCUCCUGGUCCGGGCCACAUUCUCCUCAGUUCCGCUGGCAGCCAGCAUCAGUGCAGUCAGCCUGGAGAUCGCCCAGCCUGGGCCCUCAGACGGACCCCAGGCCCUUGAGGUGGAAGAGUGCCGCUGCCCCCCUGGCUAUGUCGGCUUGUCCUGCCAGGACUGUGCCCCCGGCUACACCCGCACUGGGAGUGGGCUCUACCUCGGCCACUGUGAGCUGUGCGAAUGCAACGGCCACUCAGACCUGUGCCAUCCAGAGACCGGGGCCUGCUCGCAAUGCCAGCACCAUGCCGCUGGGGAGUUCUGUGAGCUGUGUGCACCUGGCUACUAUGGAGAUGCCACGGCUGGGACACCUGAGGACUGCCAGCCCUGUGCCUGCCCACUGACCAACCCAGAGAACAUGUUCUCCCGCACCUGUGAGAGCCUGGGAGCUGGUGGGUAUCGCUGCACGGCCUGUGAACCCGGCUACACUGGCCAGUACUGUGAGCAGUGUGCUCCAGGUUACGUAGGAAACCCCAAUGUGCGAGGGAGCCGGUGCCUGCCACAGACAGACCAAACCCCACUGAUGGUCCAAAUCCAUCCUGCUCGGAGCAUAGUGCCCCAAGGUGGUCCCCACUCCCUGCGGUGCCAGGUCAGUGGGAGCCCACCCCACUACUUCUACUGGUCCCGUGAGGAUGGGCGGCCUGUGCCCAGCAGCACCCAGCAACGACAUCAAGGCUCUGAGCUCCACUUCCCCAGUGUCCAGCCCUCGGAUGCUGGGGUCUACAUUUGCACCUGUCGUAACCUCCACCAUGCCAAUACCAGCCGGGCAGAGCUGCUGGUCACUGAGGCUCCAAGCAAGCCCAUCACAGUGACAGUGGAGGAGCAGCGGAGCCAGAGCGUACGCCCUGGAGCCGAUGUCACCUUCAUCUGCACAGCCAAGAGCAAGUCUCCAGCGUACACCCUGGUGUGGACCCGCCUCCACAAUGGGAAACUGCCCUCCCGAGCCAUGGACUUCAACGGCAUCCUGACCAUUCGCAGCGUACAGCCGAGUGACGCAGGCACCUACGUGUGCACUGGCUCCAACAUGUUCGCCAUGGACCAGGGCACAGCCACGCUGCACGUGCAGGCCUCAGGCACCUCAUCUGCCCCUGUGGUCUCCAUCCACCCGCCGCAGCUCACAGUGCAGCCUGGGCAGCCGGCGGAGUUCCGUUGCAGCGCCACGGGGAGCCCCACGCCCACCCUUGAGUGGACAGGGGGCCCUGGUGGCCAGCUCCCUCAGAAGGCACAGAUCCGUGGUGGCAUCCUGCACCUGCCUGCCGUCGAGCCCUCGGAUCAGGCCCAGUACCUGUGCCGAGCCCACAGCAGCUCUGGGCAGCACGUGGCCAGGGCCGUGCUCCAUGUGCACGGGGGCAGUGGGCCCAGGGUCCAGGUGAGCCCAGAGAGGACCCAAGUACAUGAAGGCCGCACCGUCAGGCUGUACUGCAGGGCCGCAGGUGUGCCCAGUGCCACUAUCACCUGGAGGAAGGAAGGGGGCAGCCUCCCCCCACAGGCUCGGUCCGAGCGCACGGACAUUGCCACACUGCUCAUCCCAGCCAUCACGACCGCUGAUGCUGGCUUCUACCUCUGCGUGGCCACCAGCCCUGCAGGCACUGCCCAGGCCCGGAUCCAGGUGGUCGUCCUUCCAGCUCCAGGUGCCAGCUCACUGCCAGUCAGGAUUGAGUCCUCAUCACCUUCUGUGACCGAAGGGCAGACGCUCGACCUCAACUGUGUGGUCACAGGGUCAGCCCCUGCCCAGGUCACAUGGUACAAGCGAGGGGGCAGCCUGCCUCCCCACAGCCAGGUCCACGGCUCCCGGCUGUGGCUCCCCCAGGUGUCGCCAGCUGAUUCUGGAGAAUAUGUGUGCCGGGUGGAGAAUGGGUCAGGCCCCAAGGAGGCUUCCAUCAUCGUCUCCAUCCUCCACAGCACCCAUUCGGGCACCAGCUACACCCCAGCCCCUGGCCGCACCCAGCGCAUCCACAUCGAGUCCUCCUCUUCACACGUGGCGGAAGGGCAGACCCUGGAUCUUAACUGCGUGGUGCCCGGGCAGGCCCAUGCCCAGGUCACGUGGCAAAAGCGCAGGGGCAGCCUCCCCGCCCGGCACCAGACCCAUGGCUCGCUGCUACGGCUGCACCAGGUGUCUCCUGCCGACUCAGGCGAGUACGUGUGCCACGUGGUCCUUGGCUCUGAGCGCCUGGAGAGCUCCGUUCUGGUCACCAUCGAGCCCUCUGGCUCCAUCCCUGCCCCAGGACCCGUCCCAGCAGUCAGGAUUCAGUCCUCCUCCUCCACGGUGGCUGAGGGGCAGACCCUGGAUCUGAGCUGUGUGGUGGCAGGGCAGGCCCAUGCCCAGGUCACAUGGUAUAAGCGUGGGGGCAGCCUUCCCACCCGACACCAGGUCCGCGGCUCCCGCCUGUACAUCUUCCAGGCCUCACCAGCUGACGCAGGGGAGUACGUUUGCCGGGCCAGCAACGGUGUGGAGGCCUCCAUUAUGGUCACAGUAACUGGGACCCAGGGGGCCAACUUUGCCUACCCCCCUGGCAGCACCCAGCGCAUCCACAUCGAGUCCUCCUCCUCCCAUGUGGCUGAAGGGCAGACCCUGGAUCUCAAUUGCGUGGUGCCUGGGCAGGCCCAUGCCCAGGUUACAUGGCACAAGCGUGGGGGCAGCCUUCCUGCCCGGCACCAGACCCACGGCUCACUGCUAAGACUACACCAAGUGUCCCCUGCUGACUCGGGCGAGUACGUGUGCCGUGUGGUGGGUGGCUCCGUACCCCUGGAGGCUACCGUCCUGGUCACCAUUGAGCCUGUAGGCUCUGUGCCUGCACUCGGGGUCACCCCCCCAGUCCGGAUCGAAUCGUCUUCCUCACACGUGGCUGAAGGGCAGACCCUGGAUCUGAACUGCCUUGUUGCUGGACAGGCCCAUGCCCAGGUCACAUGGCACAAGCGUGGGGGCAGCCUCCCUGCCCGGCACCAGGUUCAUGGCUCAAGGCUACGGCUGCCCCAGGUGACCCCAGCUGACUCUGGGGAGUACGUGUGCCGCGUGGUCAGCAGCUCGGGCACCCAUGAAGCCUCCGUCCUCGUCACCAUCCAGCAGCGCCUCAGCCCCUCCCACUCCCAGGGCGUGGUAUACCCUGUCCGCAUUGAGUCCUCCUCUGCCUCCCUGGCCAAUGGGCACACCUUGGACCUCAACUGCUUGGUUGCCAGCCAGGCCCCCCACACCAUCACCUGGUACAAGCGUGGAGGCAGUCUGCCCAGCCGGCACCAGAUCGUGGGCUCCCGGCUGCGGAUCCCUCAGGUGACUCCGGCGGAUUCAGGCGAGUAUGUGUGCCACGUCAGUAAUGGUGCCGGUUCCCAGGAGACCUCACUCAUCGUCACCAUCCAGGGCAGUGGCUCCUCCCAUGUUCCCAGUGUCUCCCCGCCAAUCAGGAUCGAGUCCUCAUCCCCCACAGUAGUUGAAGGACAGACCUUGGAUCUGAACUGUGUGGUUGCUGGGCAGCCGCAGGCUACCAUCACGUGGUACAAGCGUGGGGGCAGCCUUCCCUCCCGACACCAGGCCCAUGGCUCCCGCCUGCGAUUGCACCAGAUGUCUGUGGCCGACUCGGGCGAGUACGUGUGCCGGGCCAACAACAACAUUGAUGCCCAGGAAGCCUCCAUCCUGGUCUCGGUCUCCCCCAGCACCAGCAGCCUCCCCGUCCCUGGCAGUGCUGUGCCCAUCAGAAUUGAGUCGUCAUCUUCACAUGUGGCCGAAGGGCAGACCCUGGAUCUGAACUGUGUGGUCCCUGGGCAGGCCCAUGCCCAGGUCACAUGGCACAAGCGUGGGGGCAGUCUCCCAGCUCACCAUCAGGCCCAUGGCUCACGGCUGCGGCUGCACCAGGUAUCUCCAGCUGACUCAGGAGAGUACGUGUGCCGCGUGGUGGGCAGCUCUGGCUCCCUAGAGACCUCGGUCCUGGUCACCAUUGAGCCCUCUGGCUCUAGUGCCGUCCAUGUCCCUGCCCCAGGCGGAGCUCCACCCAUCCGAAUUGAGACCUCCUCCUCUCGAGUGGCCGAAGGGCAGACCCUGGAUCUGAACUGUGUGGUGCCCGGACAGGCCCAUGCCCAGGUCACGUGGCAGAAGCGUGGGGGCAGCCUCCCUGCCCGGCACCAGGUCCACGGCCCCCUGCUGAGGCUAAACCAGGUGUCCCCAGCUGACUCUGGCGAGUACUCAUGCCAAGUGACCAGCAGCUCGGGUACCUUGGAGGCUUCUGUCCUGGUCACAAUUGAGGCCUCCAGCCCAAGUCCCAUUCCUGCCCCAGGACUGGCCCAGCCCAUCCAUAUCGAGGCCUCCUCCUCACACGUGGCUGAAGGGCAGACCCUGGAUCUGAACUGCGUGGUGCCCGGGCAGGCCCAUGCCCAGGUCACAUGGCACAAGCGUGGGGGCAGCCUCCCUGCCCGGCACCAGAUGCAUGGCUCCCAGCUGCGGCUCCACCAUGUCUCCCCGGCCGACUCUGGCGAGUAUGUGUGCCGCGUGGCUGGCAGCUCAGGCCCUGAGCAGGAGGCCUCCUUCACAGUCACAGUCCCACCCAGUGCGGGAUCUUCCUACCGCCUUAGGAGCCCUGUCAUUUCCAUCGACCCACCCAGUAGCACAGUGCAGCAGGGCCAGGAUGCCAGCUUCAAGUGCCUCAUCCAUGAUGGGGCAGCCCCUGUCAGCCUGGAGUGGAAGACCCGGAACCAGGAGCUGGAGGAUAAUGUCCACAUCAGCCCCAACGGCUCCAUCAUCACCAUCGUGGGCACCCGGCCCAGCAACCACGGUGCCUACCGCUGCGUGGCCUCCAAUGCCUACGGCGUGGCCCAUAGCGUCGUGAACCUCAGUGUGCAUGGGCCCCCUACGGUGUCCGUGCUCCCUGAGGGCCCUGUGCGGGUGAAAGUGGGAAAGGACAUCACCCUGGAGUGUGUCAGUGCCGGGGAGCCCCGCUCCUCUGCACGUUGGACCCGGAUCGGCAGCUCUUCCAAGCUGGAGCAGCAAAUGUAUGGGCAUGUGGACAGCCAUACAGUGCUACAGAUUUCAUCAGCUAAACCAGCAGAUGCGGGCACCUACGUGUGCCUAGCUCAGAAUGCACUAGGCACAGCACAGAAGCGGGUGGAGGUGAUUGUGGACACGGGCAUCGUGGCCCCAGGGGCCCCCCAGGUUCAGGUUGAAGAAGCCGAGCUGACCGUGGAGGCUGGACACACGGCCACCCUGCGCUGCUCAGCCACAGGCAGCCCCAUGCCCACCAUCCACUGGUCCAAGCUGCGUUCCCCACUGCCCUGGCAGCACCAGCUAGAAGGCAACACACUGAUCAUCCCCCGAGUAGCCCAGCAGGACUCGGGCCAGUACAUCUGCAAUGCCACUAGCCCAGCCGGGCAUGCUGAGGCCACCAUCGCUCUGCACGUGGAGAGCCCUCCGUAUGCCACCACAGUCCCAGAGCACACUUCAGUGCAGGCCGGGGAGACGGUGCAGCUCCAGUGCCUGGCUCACGGGACACCGCCACUCACCUUCCAGUGGAGCCGUGUGGGUGGCAGCCUCCCUGGGAGGGCAGCUGCCAGGAACGAGCUGCUGCACUUUGAGGACGCGGUUCCUGAGGACUCAGGCCGCUACCGCUGCCUGGUCACCAACAAAGUGGGCUCAGCCGAGGCCUUUGCCCAGGUACUCGUCCAAGGUCCCUCCGGCUCUCUCCCUGCCUCCUCCGUCCCAGCAGGAUCCACACCGACCGUGCAGGUCACACCUCAGCAGGAGACUAAGAGCAUUGGGGCCAGCGUUGAGUUCCACUGUUCCGUGCCCAGCAUCCGGGGCACCCAGCUCCGUUGGUUCAAGGAAGGGGGUCAGCUGCCUCCUGGCCACAGCGUGCAGGAUGGGGUGCUCCAAAUCCAGAACUUGGACCAGAGCUGCCAAGGGACAUAUGUUUGUCAAGCCCAUGGACCUUGGGGACAGGCCCAGGCCAGUGCCCAGCUCGUUGUCCAAGCCCUGCCCUCAGUGCUCAUCAACAUCCGGACCUCUGUGCAGACCGUGGUGGUUGGCCAUGCCGUGGAGUUCGAGUGCCUGGCACUGGGUGACCCCAAGCCUCAGGUGACGUGGAGCAAAGUUGGAGGGCGCCUGCGGCCUGGCAUCGUGCAGAGUGGAAGCGUUAUCAGGAUUGCUCACGUGGAACUGGCUGACGCAGGACAGUACCGCUGCACCGCCACCAAUGCUGCCGGCACUACGCAAUCCCAUGUGCUGCUGCUCGUGCAAGCCUUGCCCCAGAUCUCAACUCCCCCAGAGGUCCGUGUGCCUGCUGGCUCUGCAGCUGUCUUCCCCUGCAUGGCCUCAGGCUACCCCACUCCUGACAUCACCUGGAGCAAGGUGGAUGGCAGCCUGCCACCUGACAGCCGCCUGGAGAACAACAUGCUGAUGCUGCCCUCAGUCCGUCCCCAGGAUGCAGGUACCUAUGUUUGCACUGCCACCAACCGCCAGGGCAAGGUGAAAGCCUUUGCCCACCUGCAGGUGCCAGAACGGGUAGUGCCCUACUUCACACAGACUCCCCACUCCUUCCUGCCACUGCCCACCAUCAAGGAUGCCUACAGGAAGUUUGAGAUCAAGGUCACCUUCCGGCCCGACUCAGCUGAUGGCCUCCUUCUCUACUCGGGGAUGCUGCUCUACAAUGGGCAGAAGCGGAUCCCAGGCAGCCCCACCAACUUGGCCAGCAGGCAGCCCGACUUCAUCUCCUUCGGCCUCGUGGGCGGAAGGCCCGAGUUCCGAUUUGAUGCAGGCUCUGGCAUGGCCACCAUCCGCCACCCCACACCACUGGCGCUAGGACAGUUCCACACCGUGACCCUGCUGCGCAGCCUCACCCAGGGCUCCCUCAUUGUGGGCACCCUGGCCCCAGUCAAUGGGACCUCCCAGGGCAAAUUCCAGGGCCUGGACCUGAACGAGGAACUCUACCUUGGAGGCUACCCUGACUAUGGUGCUAUCCCCAAGGCGGGGCUGAGCAGUGGCUUCAUAGGCUGUGUCCGGGAGCUGCGCAUCCAGGGCGAGGAGAUCAUCUUCCAUGACCUCAACCUCACGGCGCAUGGCAUCUCCCACUGCCCCACCUGUCGGGACCGGCCCUGCCAGAAUGGGGGCCAGUGUCACGACUCAGAGAGCAGCAGCUACGUGUGUGUGUGCCCAGCUGGCUUCACUGGGAGCCGUUGCGAGCACUCGCAGGCCCUGCACUGCCACCCAGAGGCCUGUGGGCCCGACGCCACCUGUGUGAACCGGCCUGAUGGUCGAGGCUACACCUGCCGCUGCCAUCUGGGCCGCUCAGGGAUAAGGUGUGAGGAAGGUUUGACAGUGACCACCCCCUCCAUGUCGGGCACCGGCUCCUACCUGGCGCUGCCCGCCCUCACCAACACACACCACGAGCUACGCCUGGACUUGGAGUUCAAGCCACUUGCAGCCGACGGAAUCUUGCUGUUCAGCGGGGGGAAGAGUGGGCCUGUGGAGGACUUCGUGUCCCUGGCGAUGGUUGGCGGCCACCUGGAGUUCCGAUACGAGUUGGGGUCAGGGCUGGCUGUUCUGCGGAGCACCGAGCCGCUGGCCCUGGGCCGCUGGCACCACGUGUCUGCAGAGCGCCUCAACAAGGACGGCAGCCUGCGGGUGAAUGGCGGACGCCCCGUGCUGCGCUCCUCGCCCGGCAAGAGCCAGGGCCUUAACCUGCAUACCCUCCUCUACCUGGGUGGCGUGGAGCCCUCCGUGCAGCUGUCCCCGGCCACCAACGUUAGCACUCACUUCCGCGGCUGUGUGGGCGAGGUGUCAGUGAAUGGCAAGCGGCUGGACCUCACCUACAGCUUCCUCGGCAGCAGGGGCAUUGGGCAGUGCUAUGACAGCUCCCCGUGCGAGCGCCAGCCUUGCCAGAAUGGUGCCACAUGCAUGCCUGCUGGCGAGUACGAGUUCCAGUGCCUGUGUCGAGACGGCUUCAAAGGAGAUCUCUGUGAGCAUGAGGAGAACCCCUGCCAGCUCCGUGAGCCCUGUCUGCAUGGGGGCACCUGCCAGGGCACACGCUGCCUCUGUCUCCCUGGCUUCUCUGGCCCACGCUGUCAACAAGGCUCUGGACAUGGCACAGCAGAGUCCGAUUGGCAUCUUGAAGGCAGUGGGGGCAAUGAUGCCCCUGGGCAGUAUGGGGCCUAUUUCCAUGAUGAUGGCUUCCUAGCCCUCCCUGGCAGCAUCUUCUCCAGGAGCCUUCCCGAGGUGCCCGAGACCAUCGAGCUGGAGGUUCGGACCAGCACGGCCAGCGGCCUCCUGCUGUGGCAGGGCGUGGUGGUGGGAGAGGGCAGCCGAGGCAAGGACUUCAUCAGCCUUGGGCUUCAGGACGGGCACCUUGUCUUCAGCUACCAGCUGGGCAGUGGGGAGGCCCGCCUUGUCUCUGAGGACCCCAUCAAUGAUGGAGAAUGGCAUCGGGUGACAGCGCUACGACAGGGCCGUAGAGGCUCCAUCCAGGUGGACGGUGAGGAGCUGGUGAGUGGCCAGUCCCCAGGCCCUAACGUGGCAGUCAACACCAAGGGCAGCAUCUACAUCGGUGGAGCCCCCGACGUGGCCACGCUGACCGGGGGCAGAUUCUCCUCGGGCAUCACAGGCUGUGUCAAGAAUCUGGUGCUGCACUCGGCCCGGCCCGGCGCCCCGCCCGCACAGCCCCUGGACCUGCAGCACCGCGCCCAGGCGGGGGCCAACAUGCGCCCCUGCCCCUCGUAGGCCCCUGCCUGCCCCUACGGACUCCUGGGCAGCGCCCCAGCCCUACAGUGUCGAGUAUAUUAUUAUUAAUAUUAUUAUGAUGAAUUUUUUGUAAGAAACUGAGGCAAUGCCACGCUUUGCUGCUACCACCCUGGGCUGGACUGGAGGGUGGGCACGCCACCCCCACACACACACACACCUGGGCAAAGCCACAAGGCUGGUGGGUAGGGCAAGUAGGUGCCCCAGAAGGCCAUCAGGACUUGGGGUCCGCAUGGUGGCUGGGUGAGCCCAGAACUGUCCUUCCCCUCCUCUCCUGAUGGAGCCCCCACAGCAGAGUGGGCUGCCCAUUUCCACAGCCCCCGGGCAGCCCUCAUUCCUAUGAGAGCCAGCUUCAGCUUACAACCUGGUGCCUCACCAGCUACGUGAAAUGGGAGGGUGUUGCAGUAGCCUUUGCCACCCCCCUCUGCAUUAGGAAAGCUCUUUAGUGCCGGGUGUGGAACGAAAGGCAGCUCACCCCUGGGCAGGCAGCCCCUACCCCCACCAGCCCAUGUCCCAGCCCCCCUUCACCUCUCCCCCUCACCAGCCAGUGGGGCCACCUGCCCGCAGCAGCCUCCCCCCUCCCACUAAGCUCUCCGGGCUGCAUCCCCACCCUCCCUAAUCACACAGCCCAGGGCCCCUGUCCUUGGGUGCUGCAAGGGAAACCCCACCCCAACUCUUACCAGGAGCUGCUAUAGGCAGAGCCCAGCACUAAGAGGGUCUCCCCACCCCCAAUAGGCCACAUCCCCCCCGCUCAUCUGGAAGUGAAGGCCCAGGGGACAUGGGGGGAGACACUGGUGGUCAGAAAGAGUCAGUGCCUUCGGUGGGGGAAUCUGGGACUCGUGAAUGGGAGGGACAGCAAAGGGAUAUGACAGCCCCGCCCCAUCUGUGGGAGCCCGAGGACCCAGCCUGGGGUAAGCACCCUCCCGCCAGCGGCUCCCAGACUGUGGGGUUGGGAUGCCUGGUCUCUGUGUCCCAGAAGGGACCCUCCUGUGGUCUUUGUCUUGAUUUUUUCUUAAUAAACGGUGCUAUCCCCGCCA